AUGACACCGAUCAUUGCAGUUCACUUUUGGGCACCAACAUUCAAAUGGGGCAUCAGCAUUGCCAAUAUUGCUGACUUCACUAAGCCACCGGAGAAUCUUUCUUAUCCCCAGCAAAUUGCGGUUACAGCCACUGGAGUUAUCUGGUCUCGCUACAGUACUGUAAUUACUCCAGGGAUGUGA